UUGUGACUGCGGUUGUCAAACAAUUCUUGCGUGUCGGGUGUGUGCAGUAUCGAGUUCUGGCCAUAACUACUUCUGCUAAAAGCGAACGAGCUUGUUUUUGUUUUAUUCAGAGCUCGCAAACAAGGCCGAGCCAGGGCACAAUUUUUGCUGUUUCACGGACGGACCAGGAAGGACCACGCAGCAGCGGAAAGGAGCGAAACGGAAAGAGCCACAUUAAAAUGGCUUUGAAUGGCUUUGGUCGGCGUGUCAGUGCGUCUGUCCUUUUAAUCGCCUUGUCGCUGCUCAGCGGAGCGCUGAUCCUGCCGCCGGCUGCGGCGCAGCGUGACGAGAACUAUCCACCGCCGGGCAUCCUGAAAAUGGCCAAGCCCUUCCACGACGCGUGUGUGGAGAAGACGGGCGUCUCCGAGGCUGCCAUCAAGGAGUUCAGCGAUGGGGAGAUUCACGAGGACGAGAAGCUCAAGUGCUACAUGAACUGCUUCUUCCACGAGAUCGAAGUGGUGGACGACAAUGGGGACGUGCAUCUGGAGAAGCUCUUCGCCACGGUCCCGCUCUCCAUGCGCGACAAGCUGAUGGAGAUGUCCAAGGGCUGCGUCCAUCCGGAGGGCGAUACGCUGUGCCACAAGGCCUGGUGGUUCCACCAGUGCUGGAAGAAGGCCGAUCCCAAGCACUACUUCUUGCCGUGAACACCUGGCCCACCUUCCAGCCCAGUUCCAGUUCCAUGGCCCGUGGACCACCCGUUGCCGACCCCGCUCUAUUUAUGUGGUAGCUUAGUUUCUGCUAGUUUUCAAUAGCUGUCGAGUAAUAAACGUAGGCGAGUUGUGCAUGCAA